AUGCGCGAAGGCAAUUUCCUUUCUGCCGCCGCUUUUGUGAGGGCGCUCAGAGUCAUUCUCUCCGAAGAAUUCAGCGACCUAGAUUGGACCCUAUUCGAAUUUCUUAACACAGGCGGUUUCAAUACCUGCUUCAAGAUGAAGUUCACCAACAACCGCGGCGCUGUUAUACGGUUCCCAUUGCCCGGCGCUGUCAUGUUUCCUGAAGAAAAGGUCCGCAGUGAAGCCUCUAUCAUGCAAUAUGUCUUGGAAAAAACUUCAAACAAAAUUCCAAUCCCGGUGCCUUCCAUCGUUCGCUGGGUAGAGGCAAAGGAGAGCCCCUCAGACUUGGGACCUUUCAUCAUUAUGAACUAUAUCCACCACAUGGGGAGUAUGGGUGAUCUCCUUGAGAUGCCAGGGCGCCAAAGAGGACAACCCCCAGUCCUCCUCCGGCAAUGGCCAUCGACGCCGACACCUGGUAACUUCGGAAACAGUCUCUUCUACCCCGGACCUCCUUCAGGAAACUCGGCCAUCACCAAGGCAACAGAAUCUAUUGUUCCUCCUACAGUUCCCUCCGGCGCAAAGGUCUCCAACACCGAAGAUGAAGUCUGGGUUUCUGUCUGGGUUGGCGCUUCUUCGACUGCCGGCGACGAAAAUGCAAAUCUCUACCAGCCGAUCUUCAACUGGUCCCUGAACCAGGAGUCUCAGUAUGUGAGAUUCAACGAGAUACCUCCGUAUGAAAGAAAGAAGAUUGCUGACCAUGGAUAUAACAUAGGGGUUGUUCCGCAUCCUCUGAUGAGUGCCGGUCAGCUUGGUCAGCCCUAUGUGACUGUCCCCAAAAACACUGCAGUGGACUUUGAAAUCGUUGUUGAGAACAAGAAGGUCGUUCAAACCGUCACCAUGGACGGUAAGGUAGUGUCGAAGGAAAGCGAUGCUCUCAACUCUCCCCUUAAGUACCUGUACUCCAGCAACGAGUGCUACACUGGUUCUGGCAAUUGUGGAUCACUCGCCGGUUACUACAUCAACAACCUGACCGUCACCCUGAGCGAGGCAGACACCAAGUUUGACCAGGUCAUGGCCCUUGAUGGUGUCACCGAUGAUGGCUUCACCACCUCCGAUGGUGGCCUUACCUGGCACACAGAGUGGGUCAAGGUUGAGAGCGUCAACUUUGACUCCAACAGUGUUGAGAGCGCCUGA